AUGAUCAUCCCGAGCAUCUCUGAUGAUCAACAGAAUUGUGAUCUUUGGCAAAGAUCACUGUACAAUAUCUUCAUCCUCAUUCUGGGCUUCAGGACUGUCACUACUCUUACGAUCAUGGGCCGGCCGGUUGAAGGUUCGCCGUUGAGCUGGGCUGAAACUGAAGAGGCCGCUCCUAUUAUUCGCAAAUGGGCCACGGAGCAAUUGCUGUGCCUGUGGCAUAAACAAAAGAAUCGAAGUGAUCCAACCCCACUGUGGGGAGAUGAAAUCGAAUAUGCCUUGGUCAAUUUUGACAGCGAAAAUUCAAAAGCAACAUUGCUGUUGGACCAAGAGAGAGUGAUCCGGCAAUGGGAAACGAGAAAAUGCAGCUCGGACGAUGCGGCUACAUUACAAUGGGAGUGGGCAACGUAUGUCGUUGAAACCACCCCUGCGGAGCCGUACAGUGGGCGGGUGUCCGAUCUAUUGGAAGUGGAAGCAAAUAUGCGGGAAAGGAGAAAGCUGAUUAAUCGAUAUCUCUCGCCCCAUCAGCAAGCCAUGUCUCUGUGUUCCUUUCCUCGAAUCGGCGUGACAGAAACAUGGACAACUCCUGGCCCAACGAGCGGUCUAGUUUGCCCUCUACCUCGGUACCGUCUGCUUGCCAAAAACGUCCAUAGCCGUCCUCAAGGUCGAAUGAGGACCUACUUUCCCAUUUAUCGAGACCACUUAACUUCUGACCCUUUUCACGAUCACCCGCCUUCGGGGAAAGGAAUUUUGGACCACCUUUGCAUCGAUGAACUGGAAAUUGGAACCGGGUGUUGCAGUAUCCAAACUACUUUCCAGGCUGCCAAUGAGAGCGAGGCUCGGUGGCUAUACGAUCAACUCAUUCCGCUGGGUCAUGUUCUCCUUGCCAUGACUGCGGCGACGCCAAUCUGGAAAGGUUAUCUGGUCGAGACUGACAUCAGAUGGCAACGAUUUGGAGAUUUGGUAGAUGACCGUCGGCCCAGUGAAAUGGAUUUCGUCCCCCCACGCUGGACCUGGAAUCGGACUUAUCUCUCACGCGAAAAGCCUGCGAUGCUGGGCGGAAACAUGUCUCUCCAGCCUAUGGAUAAAGGUAUCAAGAAUCGUCUACUUGAAGGGGGCAUGGAUGAUGCACUUGCAGAGCAUUUUGCAUCAAUUCUCGCGCGCGAUCCUCUCCUGUUGACUCGUGCGGAUCUGGAACAUCUCAAUAACUCGAGCACCCGGCUCUUCGAGCUUCUUCAUGGCUGUGUCUGGCAUCAUAUUCGUUUCAAGCCGCCUCUCACUGACAGUGGUCCUGGUUGGUGCGUGGAAUUCCGACCGAUGGAGGUGCAACUCACAGACUUCGAAAACGCCGCGUUCGCGAUUUUCAUGUAUCUGCUAUCGCGCGCGAUCACUACCCUGCAUUUGAACUUCUAUUUACCGCUUGAUAUGGUCGGUGAGUCUUGGGAUGUUGCUCAAAAGCGCAAUGCUGUGCUAGAAGGACGUUUCUGGUUCCGGCGAACGGGAUGGUCUUCCAAUUCCCAUCAAAACCCCAGCUUCGCCAAGUCCUUGUGCAAAGACGACGCUCAUCUCUGCGACCAGGAUCCAGAAUAUGGAUUCAUGACAGUGGAUGAGAUCAUCAAUGGCGAGGGCACCCCAGGGGAUUUUCCUGGCUUGUUGGCCCUGGUUCGGUACUACCUUGACUAUACCAAUGUUCCUCCCGUUGAGCAAGCGAGAAUUGCUCCCUACUUGGAUCUCAUUCAGCAAAGAGCAAGUGGUAUAAGCCCGACUCCAGCAUCUUGGAUGAGAGAGUUUGUUCAUCAGCAUGGCGAUUAUCAUCGCGACAGCUACGUGAGUGAAAAGGUUUGCUACGAUAUGAUGGAGGAAAUUGCACGUUUAAACAAGAAGUAA